AUGUCUCGGUUAAUCUUUGAAAUUCCCGUCAUAAUUGGAGCCAUUGAAAUCUCUAGGGUAACUUUAUUAGAUCCCUUAGUUAAAGUAUCUUUUCCUUAUUUCAAAACUACCGCCAAAAAUCAUGGUUACACCGACGCAAUCAAGUACGCUUUCGCAGUAACCUUGUAUUAUUUACUUGUGGAAAAUUUUUUACUUUUACCGAUAUUUUUUUUACAAAUCUUUAUUGGAACCAUCAUUGGAACCAUUAUCGGUUGUUUCAUCUUGUGCAAUAUAACACCGCUAUGGGAAAUUUUAAUGACCACUUUCGUGCAAGUCGCAGUUAAAGAUAAUAAAACAUCUUUGGUCGAUCGCACGUCAAAUUUUAACGAAGUUAUCUUGAUUGGAAAGAGUGAAAUGAAUCAUUUCCUUCAACUUGGGAUAAAAUUAUCAAAUGAGAAUCAAUUAUCCAUUCCAAAGAAGAAGGUUCAUCGGUUCAAUCAAAAUGUUCAAAAAAAUUUUCAACAAGAAGUUAUUAUUAUCAUGAACGCUAGCGUUUUGGUAAAAUUGAAUAGAUUACUUUCUAUUCCUUCCCGACCAUUAUCUUCUCGAAAUCAUCGUUCAAAAAAAGUUUUCCCUUCAACAGUACCACUUUGUAAGAGGAGAAGCUUCUUAAUUUGUGAUUCUCAUCAAGAAUUAUCGGAAAAACAAGUUCAAGUCAAUGCAAUUGAAGUUUACGUGGCACCACCUGGUGAUUUAUUCCUCUCGGAAAAAAUCAAUAAGUUAGAUCAAGAACUUAUCGACUUGAAGGAGCAUGAAAAUUUUGCAAGAGAAUUAAUUAAACAAAAAGAACAAAAUGAUUUGAUCGAUGGGGAGUAUAAGAACACCAAAAAAAUCUACCAAGGGUUGAUCAGUAAAAUUGAACAUAUUGAUCAUCAAAAACAUCAGUAUCAAGUUCAAGUUCAAGAAAAUGUCAUUUCAAAGGAUGUGACGAAGAUUUCCAUCCCAGCAUUUACCAUUAAACGAGAAAAUUCAAAAAAGUUUGCUAUAUACGUUAUUAUGGUACAAAGGAUUGACGUUACCACUGGUCAAGUUAAAUCUGGUUGGAUCGUUCCUCGAAGAUACAAUGAAUUUUCCUUGUUAAAGGAUUACUUGAAAAAUCAUCACUCUUCAUUUGUUAAUAAAUUCAAACUUCCUGGAAAGACAUUUCUUAAAACUUUUGAUAAUUCUUUCUUGGAAUCUCGUCGAAUUCAACUUGAAAAUUAUUUGCAGGAUAUUUUGACUAAUGAUGAAAUUUGUGAAGAUAAACGGUUCUUGAAAUUCUUGUCAAAAGAAAACUAA